UUGCUCAUCGCAGUCACACACCAGCACUAGCUCCAUUGUUUCCCUUGCACGGUCUUAUAAAAAAAUGGCCAUGUGGAGAAAGAAGGAGACAACCGGAGUCAGCGGCGCCACCCCGGCUUGCCUUGUUCACUCUUCUGGCGAAGGCAGAACAGGGAAGAUCCCCAAGGGGUACAUCCCGAUGGUCCUCGUCGGCGACGAGGGAGAGGGAGAGGAGAGGGUGAUGGUUCACGUCAGGAUGCUCACGGAGCCGCGCGUCUUGGCUUUGCUGGAGAUGUCCGCGCAGCAGUUUGGGUACGGCCAGCGGGGCGUCCUGAGGGUACCAUGCGGCGUGGAGCGGUUCGAGCAGACGGUCCGUGCAGGCCACCGGCGGGAGACGCAAGAUCCUGCGUGCGCAGCAGCGCACUAGUGGAGAGGCGAUGGCC